UAGAAAUCCAUUAAUAUUGCUGGAUUCGAUUUUUCGGCCUUCAAUUUCUUUGACAGCGAGAACUUUGAUUCUUUGAUGGGAUGGAAAUGCCGCUGUCCAAGGUAUUGUACAAAGUCUACCAGCGUAUUCCGAUCUUUAGCUGACACUUCGAACAGUUUCACUGAAAACCCGUUUUUUUUUAAAUAUUUUCUACGAUGA